ACCCGGCCCCAGACCCCCGCGCUCACCCCGCCGCUGCCCGCCGGGCCAUGUCGGUCCGCGAACUGUACAGCCGGCACACCCGGGUCUGGGUCCCUGACCCUGAGGAAGUGUGGCGCUCAGCCGAGUUAACCAAGGACUAUCAGGAGGGAGACAAAAGCCUCCAGCUCAGACUGGAAGAUGGAACGAUUCAGGAAAGCCCCAUCGAUGUCCAAAGCAACCAGCUGCCCUUCUUGCGGAACCCAGAUAUCUUGGUGGGUGAAAACGACCUCACUGCCCUCAGCUAUCUACACGAGCCCGCAGUUUUGCACAAUCUGAAGGUCCGCUUCCUAGAAUCAAACCACAUCUACACAUACUGUGGUAUUGUGCUUGUUGCCAUCAACCCUUAUGAACAGUUGCCAAUCUAUGGACAAGAUGUCAUCUAUGCGUACAACGGCCAAAAUAUGGGUGAUAUGGACCCCCACAUCUUUGCGGUGGCAGAAGAGGCCUAUAAGCAGAUGGCCAGAGAUGAGAAGAACCAGUCUAUCAUUGUCAGCGGCGAGUCGGGAGCCGGCAAGACUGUGUCAGCCAAGUAUGCCAUGCGCUAUUUUGCCACAGUGGGAGGCUCGGCCAGUGACACCAAUAUUGAAGAGAAGGUGCUGGCGUCCAGCCCCAUCAUGGAGGCCAUCGGAAAUGCCAAAACCACACGCAAUGACAACAGUAGCCGUUUCGGGAAGUACAUUCAGAUUGGCUUUGACAAGAGGUUCCACAUCAUCGGUGCCAACAUGAGGACGUACCUGCUGGAGAAAUCCAGAGUGGUCUUCCAGGCUGACUACGAGCGAAAUUACCACAUCUUCUACCAGCUGUGCGCGGCAGCCAGCCUCCCUGAGUGCAAAGAACUGGCUCUCACCUGUGCAGAGGAUUUCUUCUACACGUCGCAGGGCGGGGACACAUCCAUUGAGGGUGUGGAUGAUGCAGAGGACUUUGAGAAGACACGCCAGGCUUUCAUCCUCCUUGGAGUCCGUGAGUCCCAUCAGAUAAGCAUUUUUAAGAUAAUUGCUUCUAUUCUGCACCUCGGAAACGUGGCGAUCCAGGCAGAGCGUGAUGGCGAAUCCUGCAGCAUCUCGCCCCAGGAUGAGCACCUGAGCAACUUCUGCCGCCUGCUGGGUGUGGAGCAGGCGCAGAUGCAGCACUGGCUGUGCCACCGCAAGCUGGUCACCACCUCAGAGACCUACGUAAAGACCAUGUCCCUGCAGCAGGUGGUCAACGCACGCAACGCCCUGGCCAAGCACCUAUAUGCGCAGCUGUUCAGCUGGAUUGUGGAGCAUGUGAACAAGGCCCUGCACACGUCCCUCAAGCAGCACUCAUUCAUUGGGGUCCUAGACAUAUAUGGGUUUGAAACCUUUGAGGUCAACAGCUUUGAGCAGUUCUGCAUCAACUACGCCAACGAGAAGCUCCAGCAGCAGUUCAACUCGCACGUCUUCAAACUGGAGCAAGAAGAAUACAUGAAGGAGCAGAUCCCUUGGACCUUGAUUGAUUUCUAUGACAACCAGCCCUGUAUCGACCUCAUAGAGGCCAAGCUGGGCAUCUUGGACCUGCUGGAUGAAGAGUGUAAGGUGCCCAAAGGAACCGACCAGAACUGGGCCCAGAAGCUCUAUGACCGACAUUCGGCCAGCCAGCACUUCCAAAAGCCUCGCAUGUCCAAUACGGCCUUCAUCGUCAUCCACUUUGCUGACAAGGUGGAGUACCUCUCGGACGGCUUCCUGGAGAAGAACAGAGACACGGUACAUGAGGAGCAGAUCAACAUCCUGAAGGCCAGCAAGUUCCCACUUGUGGCCGACUUGUUCCAUGAUGACAAGGACCCUGUUCCUGCCACCACUCCCACCGGGAAGGGUUCAUCCAACAAAAUCAAUGUUCGGUCGGCCAGACCUCCCUUGAAGGCCUCCAACAAGGAACAUAAGAAAACCGUGGGCCACCAGUUCCGCACAUCUCUGCAGCUGCUCAUGGAGACCCUGAACGCCACGACCCCACAUUACGUCCGCUGCAUCAAGCCCAAUGACGAGAAGCUCCCCUUCCACUUUGACCCCAAGAGAGCAGUACAGCAGCUGCGAGCGUGCGGAGUGCUGGAGACAAUCCGCAUCAGUGCAGCCGGCUACCCAUCCAGGUGGACCUACCAUGAUUUCUUCAACCGAUACCGGGUUCUGGUGAAGAAGAGGGAGCUGGCCAACACUGACAAGAAAGCCAUCUGUAGGUCGGUCCUGGAGAGCGUCCUCAAGGACCCUGACAAGUUCCAGUUUGGCCGCACCAAAAUCUUCUUCCGGGCAGGCCAGGUGGCUUACCUGGAGAAGUUGCGGGCAGACAAGUUCCGGGCAGCCACCAUCAUGAUCCAGAAGACCGUGCGGGGCUGGCUGCAAAGGGUGAGGUACCGCCGGCUGCGGAGGGCCACCAUGACGCUGCAGCGCUACUGCCGAGGGCACCUCGCCCGCAGGUUGGCUGAGCAUCUGCGAAGGACCCGGGCAGCAGUGGUGCUCCAGAAGCAAUACCGCAUGCACAGGGCCCGCCUGGCCUACCUGCGUGUCCGCAAGGCUGCUGUGGUCAUCCAGGCCUUUGUCCGUGGCAUGUUUGUGCGGAGAAACUACCAGAAGGUCCUGGCAGAGCACAAAGCCACCAUCAUCCAAAAGCAUGUGCGUGGCUGGAUGGCUCGCAAGCACUUCCAGCAGCUCCGGGGUGCGGCUGUGGUCAUCCAGUGUGCCUUUCGGAUGCUCAAGGCCAAGCAGGCACUGAAGGCCCUCAAGAUAGAGGCCCGCUCGGCUGAGCACCUGAAGCGCCUCAACGUGGGGAUGGAGAACAAGGUGGUGCAGCUGCAGCGCAAGAUAGAUGACCAGAAUAAAGAGUUCAAGAUGUUGUCGGAGCAGCUGUCGACAGCCACCUCCACACACUCCAUGGAAGUGGCAAGGCUGAAGAAGGAGUUGGCCCACUACCAGCAGAGCCGUGAGGAAGACAGCAGUCCCCGGCUACAGGAGGAGCUGGACAACCUGCAGGCAGAGCUGGACAGGGCACAGUCAGAGCGCAAGGUCCUGGAGGACACGCAUGCCCGGGAGAACAGCGAGCUGAGAAAGCGCGUGGCUGAGCUGGAGCAGGAAAAUGCGCUGCUGAAAGACGAGAAAGAGCAACUCAACCAGCAAAUCCAGCGCCACUCGAAAGAUGAGUCUGCCCGGAGCUCUGCCCAGGGCGAGGCACUGGUAGUGAAGAAGGAGCUGGAGGAGGAACGGUCCCGCUACCAGAACCUUGUUAAGGAAUACUCGCGGCUGGAGCAGAGAUAUGAUAACUUGCGGGACGAGCAAACCCCAGGCCAUCGGCGGAAUCCAUCUAACCAGAGCAGCUUAGAAUCUGACUCCAAUAAUCCAUCCAUCUCCAUGUCCGAGGUUGGUGACACAGAGGAUGCCCUCCAGCAGGUGGAGGACACUGGCCUGGAGAAGGCAGCCAUGGACCUGACAGUUUUCCUGAAGCUGCAGAAGAGGGUCCGGGAGUUGGAGCAGGAGCGGAAGAAGCUGCAGGUGCAGCUAGAGAAGCGAGAUCAGCAGGACAGCAAGAAAGGCCAGAUGGAGCCAGUGAAGAAUGAGGUGGACUUGGCCCAGGAUGAGGAUCUGGCCUACAACAGUCUGAAGAGACAAGAGCUGGAGUCAGAGAACAAGAAGCUGAAGAACGACCUGAACGAGCUGAGGAAAGCCAUGGCCGACCAUGCUAUGCAGGCUAGCUCGCCCUACGGCUCCACAGAUGGCUACAGCCUGCUGCUGGACCAGCUCCGGCUGGCCAACGAGGAGCUUGAGGUGCGCAAGGAGGAGGUGCUCAUCCUGAGGACACAGAUCGUCAGUAGUGACCAGCGCCGUCAUGCUGGCAGGAGCACGGACAUUAAUGCCAGGACAAGUUGGCCCAACAGUGAGAAGCACGUGGAUCAGGAAGAUGCCAUCGAGGCCUAUCAUGGAGUCUGCCAGACUAACAGGUUGCUGGAGGCACAGCUGCAAGCCCAGAGCAGAGAGCACGAGCAGAAAGUGGAGCAGCUGCAAGCACAGGUGGAGGCACUGCGGGAGGAGCUGGACCGGCAGCAGCAGACCUUUGCCCAGACCCUUCUUCUCUCCCCGGAGGCCCAGGUGGAGUUUGGCGUCCAGCAGGAGAUCUCUCGGCUGACCAACGAGAACCUGGACCUGAAAGAAGUGGUGGAAAAACUGGAGAAGAACGAGAGGAAGCUCAAGAAACAGCUCAAGAUUUACAUGAAGAAAGUACAGGACCUGGAAGCUACCCAGGCACUGGCCCAGAGUGACCAGAGGCGGCAGGAACUUCACAGGCAGGUGACAGUGCAGCGGAAGGAGAAGGACUUCCAGGGCAUGCUGGAAUAUCACCAGGAGGACGAGGCCCUGCUCAUUCGCAGCCUGGUCACAGAUCUGAAGCCACAGGCGUUGGUGGGUGCUGUACCCUGCCUGCCCGCCUACAUCCUGUACAUGUGCAUCCGGCACGCAGACUAUGUCAACGACGACGUCAAGGUGCACUCCCUGCUCACCGCCACCAUCAAUGGCAUCAAGCGGGUACUCAAGAAGCACAGUGAUGACUUUGAGAUGACAUCCUUCUGGCUGGCCAACACCUGCCGCCUCCUGCAUUGCCUGAAGCAGUACAGCGGGGAUGAGGGCUUCAUGACUCAGAACACAGCCAAGCAGAACGAGCACUGCCUCAAGAACUUUGAUCUCACCGAGUACCGCCAAGUGCUGAGCGACCUGUCCAUUCAGAUCUACCAGCAGCUCAUCAAGAUCGCAGAGGGUGUGCUGCAGCCCAUGAUCGUGUCAGCCAUGCUGGAGAAUGAGAGUAUCCAGGGCCUGUCAGGGGUGAAGCCCACGGGCUACCGCAAUCGCAGCUCCAGCAUGGUAGACGGCGAGAACACGUACUGCUUGGAGGCCGUGGUACGGCAACUGAACACCUUCCAUAUGGUCAUGGGUGACCAGGGCCUCGAUCCUGAGAUUGUCCUGCAGGUGUUUAAGCAGCUCUUCUACAUGAUCAAUGCCGUAACCCUCAACAACCUCCUGCUCCGGAAGGAUGUGUGCUCCUGGAGCACAGGCAUGCAGCUCAGGUACAACAUAAGUCAGCUGGAGGAGUGGCUUCGGGGAAGGAACCUUCAGCAGAGCGGGGCAGCCCAGACCAUGGAGCCCCUCAUUCAGGCAGCCCAGCUUCUGCAGCUGAAGAAGAAGACCCCUGAGGAUGCUGAGGCCAUUUGCUCCCUGUGCACGGCCCUCAGCACCCAGCAGAUUGUCAAGAUUUUAAACCUUUAUACACCUCUGAAUGAAUUUGAAGAAAGGGUAACAGUGGCCUUUAUACGAACAAUCCAGGCGCAGCUACAAGAGCGGAAUGACCCUCAGCAGUUACUGCUAGACUUCAAGCAUAUGUUUCCUGUUUUGUUUCCCUUCAAUCCAUCUUCUCUGACCAUGGACUCCAUCCACAUCCCGGCCAGCCUCAAUCUGGAGUUCCUCAGUGAGGUGUGAAUGCAUCUACUUUGGGUUCAAGUCCCAGUGAGGGCAAAGAAGGAGCCCGGGACAGUGCUAGCCAUCAGACAGAGCCCUGAUGAGGUCGGAACUCUACAAAAGAUACCUAGUUUUUGUCUCUCGUACUCAGAAUAAAAGCACGUGAACUAUGGAA